CCAAAUAGUCCGACGUCUUCUACACUUUCCCGGUGGAAUCCCCGUAAAGGAUUCCCGCUUUAUUACUGCUUUGCAAAUACCAAUCGCCCAAAAGGGCCAAAACCAGUACUUUUGGUUCGUCUUCACCACUCCCACUUCGUUCUCAGACCUUCAUUUCAAUGGCUACUCCGCGCCAACAGAGCAAGGGACGAUCGCCAAUGGUGAAUCAACAACGCCAAAUCACAUCAUUUUUCUCCAAAAACCCAUCUUCUCCAUCUCCUUCACAAUCACCAUCAUCUAUUAUCUCCAAACAAACUCCUGAUUCUACUUCUAAGCUUAAACCCAAAAUAACCCUAACCCCAGAGCAAAGUCCCGUUACUCCAUCCCAACCACCUAAGCGCAAUAAACCCCUCAUGGUAAUUGGUCCUUCUCUUUUUCCUUCUCCAGACUCUUCUUCUACACCCAAAGUAACCAAGACAUUGUAUGACGAUGAUGUUGUUAAUAAAAGAGUUAGGGUUUUCUGGCCACUUGACAAAACAUGGUAUGAAGGGUUGGUUGUUUCAUUUGACAAAAUCUCAAGCAAACAUCUUAUUCUCUAUGACGACGGCCAGGAGGAACAUUUGGAUCUUACGAAUGAAAAGAUUGAAUGGGUUGGGCAAUCGUCUAAAAAGUCCAGACGGUUGGUUCGUUCUGCCGUGAUUGAAGAUGAAGAGGAGGCGAUGGCGGAGGCCGACAAUGACAACUGUGAUGAUUCGGAAGAUGAGAACUGGGGAAUGGAUAUGGAAAUAGAAGCACUAGAGGAUGCCUCCCCGGAAAUGGAUUUGGAUGAUGUUAGUGAUGAAGAUGCAUGUAUAGGAAGUAAUAGACGAAAACUAAGAAAGAUGACAGAGACAAGGAAGCGGAAGGUUAGCGAUUCAGGAAAGAUAGAUUCAAGUAAGAAGAGAAAGGAUGGUGGAGAUUCCACGACCAGAACAAGCAAAGUUAGUUUAGUUAAUGUCAAUGAAGGCAAGUCUAUAGAGAACGAUGGUGGAGAUUCCACCACCAGAACAAGCAAAGUUAGUUUAGUUAAUGUCAAUGAAAGCAAGUCUAUAGAGAACAAUGGUGGAUAUUCCACGACCAGAACAAGCAAAGUUAGUUUAGUUAGUGGCAAUGAAAGCAAGUCUAUAGAGAACAAUGAUAAUAAUUCUGUGAAGAAGUCUCAAGAUUCUUCUGGUGGGCAAACAGGAAAUAUUGCAGACAGGUUUGGCACAAGGGAAGCACAAAAGUUGAGAUUCCUUGGGGAAGGGCGUAGAGAUGCUAAAAGAAGACUUGCCAGUGAUGAGGGUUAUGACCCAAGGACUCUGUACUUGCCUCCUGAUUUUGUAAAAGGCUUAUCAAGUGGCCAGAGACAAUGGUGGGAGUUCAAAUCAAAGCAUAUGGACAAAGUUCUGUUUUUCAAGAUGGGAAAGUUUUAUGAGCUUUUUGAGAUGGAUGCCCAUGUUGGAGCAAACGAGCUUCACUUGCAAUACAUGAAAGGUGAACAACCUCACUGUGGAUUUCCAGAGAAGAACUUCAGUGUGAAUGUGGAGAAACUAGCUCAGAAGGGUUAUAGGGUUCUUGUUGUGGAGCAAACAGAGACACCUGAACAACUUGAGAUCCGUCGGAAAGAACAGGGUGUUAAGGAUAAGGUUGUCAAACGUGAAAUAUGUGCAGUUGUCUCAAAAGGAACACUAACUGAAGGAGAGAUACUUUCAGCCAACCCAGAAGCAUCCUACCUGAUGGCAAUCACAGAAACUUGUCAAAUUUGUCUUGAUCAGCCUGAGCGAAUUUUUGGUGUUUGUGCUGUUGAUGUUGCUUCAAGCAAGAUCAUAUUGGGGCAAUUUGAGGAUGAUGCAGAGUGCAGCACCUUGUGUUGUCUGUUAUCAGAACUAAGGCCUGUAGAGAUUAUAAAACCAGCUAAGCUACUCAGCCAUGAAACUGAAAGAGUUUUGUUGAGGCAUUCAAGAAAUCCUCUAGUUAAUGAAUUGGUGCCCACAUUAGAAUUUUGGGAUGCAGAGAAAACUCUACAAGAAGUCAAGAAAAUCUAUAGGGGGACUGGUAUCAAGUUGAUCACAUCAUCUUUAGAUGAAGAAAAGUUGCAUGAUGUUGAUUCCUCAUCAAGUGAUGGCUUGAGCUGUCUACCAGAUCUUUUGAAUACACUUGUAGAUGCUGGUGACAAGGGAAAACAUGCUAUUUCAGCACUUGGAGGUGCUCUAUUCUACCUAAAGCAAGCUUUUCUGGAUGAAACACUUGUCAGAUUUGCAAAAUUCGAAUUGCUUCCAUACUCUGGUUUAGGUAGUGUUUCUGGAAGGCCGUACAUGGUUCUUGAUGCAUCUGCUUUUGAGAACCUUGAGAUUUUUGAGAAUAGUAGAAAUGGAGAUUCUUCAGGGACAUUGUAUGCUCAACUCAACCAUUGUGUUACAGCAUUUGGGAAGCGAUUACUUAAAACUUGGCUUGCCAGACCUCUCUGUCAUUUGGAGUCAAUAAAAGAGCGUCAGGAUGCUAUUUCAUGUUUAAAGGAGAGUAAUUUACAUUCUGCCCUUGAGUUUCGGAAAGAGUUGUUUAGGCUUCCGGAUAUGGAGCGUCUGCUAGCUCGCCUUUUUGGUAACAGUGAAGCUAAUGGAAGAAACGCAAAUAAAGUGGUGCUCUAUGAGGAUAAUUCAAAAAGACAGCUUCAGGAGUUCGUCUCAACUCUAUGUGGUUGUGAGUUGAUGGCCCAAUCAUGCUCGUCAUUUGGUGCCGCCUUGAAGAAUGUCCAAUCAAGGCCUUUACAUGAUCUUUUGACUCCUGGUGAAGGGCUUCCAAAUGUCCAUCCAAUUCUAAAGCACUUCAAAGAUGCUUUUGAUUGGACAGAGGCAAACAAUUCAGGUCGUAUAAUACCUAAUGAAGGGGUUGAUGCAGAAUAUGAUUCUGCAUGUGCUGCAGUAGUAGAGGUGGAAUCUAGUUUGAGAAAGCAUUUGAAAGAACAGAGGAAAUUGCUUGGAGAUGCAUCGAUAAAUUAUGUUACCAUUGGAAAAGAUUCGUAUCUUCUGGAAGUUCCUGAAAGUUUAAGUAAAAGCAUUCCCCGUAACUAUGAGUUGCAGUCUUCCAAAAAGGGGUUUUUUAGGUAUUGGAAUCCAACUAUUAAGGAAUUAAUGAUAGAGUUAACACAUGCUGAAUCUGAUAAGGAGACAAAGCUAAAAAGUAUUCUACAAAGAUUGGUCCGACGCUUCUGUGAGAAUCGUAAGGAGUGGAGACAAUUAAUAUCUGCUGUUGCUGAACUUGAUGUUUUGAUUAGUUUGACAAUUGCGGGAGACUAUUUUGAAGGACCCACCUGCCGUCCUGUUAUAUCAGGGUUUGAGACCGCAAAUAAAGUAUCUCACUUGAAAGCUAAAGGUCUAGGCCAUCCAGUGCUUAGAAGCGAUUCUCUCGGAAAGAACACAUUUGUCCCAAAUGAUGUUUCUAUUGGUGGUUUUGAUUCUGCAAGUUUCAUCUUGCUUACGGGUCCCAACAUGGGUGGGAAGUCCACUCUUUUGCGUCAAGUUUGCUUAGCCAUCAUUUUGGCUCAGGUUGGGGUGGAUGUACCUGCCACAAGUUUUGAACUGUCGCUUGUUGACAAAAUAUUUGUUAGAAUGGGUGCGAAAGAUCAUAUUAUGGCUGGACAAAGCACAUUUUUGACAGAGCUUUUGGACACAUCAAAGAUGUUGUCAUGUGCAACCCGUAAUUCAUUUGUGGCUUUGGAUGAACUUGGGCGAGGGACAUCAACUUCAGAUGGACAGGCUAUUGCGGAGUCUGUUCUUGAACAUCUUGUUCACAAUGCACAGGCUCGAGGAAUGUUUUCCACUCACUAUCAUAGGUUAGCUGUACACUAUGAGAAGGAUGAGAAGGUAUCUCUAUGCCAUAUGGGAUGUCAAGUUGGAAAAGGUGAAUCCGACCUUGAAGAAGUAACCUUCCUUUAUAGGUUAACACCUGGUGCAUGCCCCAAAAGCUAUGGUGUCAAUGUUGCAAGACUAGCAGGGCUUCCUGAAUCUGUGCUAUACAAAGCUGCGGCCAAGUCUCAAGAGUUUGAAAGAACAUACGGAAGAAGCGAGAGGGGGAUUGAGAAUGCAAUGAGAAGUUUGUGUGAAGUAUUAGCGAAAAACUCAAGUUGUCAUGAAACUGGAGAAGAAAAUAUCACGACGUCACUCGUUCAGAUCCAGCGCAGAGUGCAGUCAAUUCUGUCGAAAGAUGAUACAAUUCCUGUCUGUUAAUUUUGGUUUGUUGGCUUGGCAGCAGCAAUUAUUUCAUAAUUUUUUUUGUCCAUUAGAUCUUCCUCAACUGAAUGAAUGUAUAGGAAUGAUUUUGUGCUGAAUUUUUGUAAGCCAACUUCUUCUUUCUUUUUGAUAGAGAAAGAUAUCUUGGGCCUUAUUCAGCCAAUCCUGCUAUAGAGGAAGAACAUAAAUUUGUAUUUGAAAUUAAUAUCAUCAAUCCACAAUUUUGAAUGA